AUGCGUCAAAAAAGAGCAAAGUCUUACAGAAAGCAAAUGCUGGUGUAUCAUCACAACUUUAAAUUUAGAGAACCAUAUCAAGUUUUGGUAGACGACAAAAUCGUUUGCGACACGCACAAGGCAUCGUUUGAUCUUGUAAAGGGCCUUCAGCGGACUUUACAGGCUGAGGUGAAGCCCAUGAUAACACAGUGUUGCAUCCAGGCUAUUUAUGAAACCAAGAACCAAGAGGCUAUUGAUUUGGCCAAGACAUUUGAGAGAAGGCGGUGCAAUCAUCCGCCCAAGGAAGCCAAGGCUCCGCUAGAGUGUCUGGAAAGUGUGGUUUCUAUUAAUGGGGUCAACAAGCAUAGGUAUGUCGUGGCCAGUCAGGACCCGGAAAUACGCAGUACGUUGCGCAAAGUGCCUGGCGUCCCCAUGAUUUUUAUGAACCGCUCUGUUAUGGUCAUGGAACCGCUCAGUAGAUCGAGUGACAAGAUUAGUCGUGACCAGGAAAAGCUAAAGCUAUAUAAAGGGCUGAACGACCCCAGCCUGGCCGGUAAACCACCCGUUGAAGAAUCAAAAGGAAAAGCUUCGCAGUCAUCCACAAUGCCAAAUAGUUCCGCAAAUCUGAAGCGUAAAGGUCCCAAGGGUCCUAAUCCAUUGAGCAUAAAGAAGAAGAAAAGCGAUGCGGCGCCGAGCGAGACAAAAACUAACGCAAAGAGAGCCUCUAACGCGGACUCUUCCUCAGGAACCUCCUCGUCCCGCCGCCGUAAACGGUCUCAUAAGUCAUCUGGCUCUCGCCAAACGGAGCAACAAGACAACACGCACGUUGCAGCUACAAACGGUGACCACGCCGACGCUGGUGCCAAGUCGAGCAACUGA